UGACAACUUGACAUUGGUUGAUUGAUUGAGUUCGAGCGAUUGAUUUGAUUUUAUUUUUGUUUGCUGAUUAUUGUACAGAAGAUUAAUUCAAAUUAUUAAGAUUUCUAAAUAAUACACUAGUAAAGACAACGCCCGUUAUAUUACACUACACACAUAUAUAGGUAUAAUAGUAUAAUGGUAAUCAUGGACAGCGAAGGUGGCGUUGGAAGUUUAGAAGAGCAGGCCUUAAAGAGGAAAGAAAGACUCAAGAAUCUGAAAAGGAAGAAUCCGAGUAAUGAGAAUACCACGUCCGAAACAUCUAGCGAAGGAAUAGUAUUACCAAAGCCCAAGUUCCGCAGUUACAAUCCACAAGAUGAGAAGCUGCAGGAAUCAAAGCUGGAAGAUGCUCAGCCUGUGGAAGUUGAGGAGGAGGUUAAAGAUCUGUUAGAGGCAGGCAAGGAAAAGGUUGUGCUACAAGACUUAGAUAUAUCAAGUUUGGCUCCUAGGAAACCAGACUGGGAUCUUAAAAGGGACGUAGCCAAAAAGCUUGAAAAACUUGAGAGGCGGACACAGAAAGCCAUAGCUGAGCUGAUCUGGGAGAGAUUGAAAGAAGGCACUCAGGAUGAUCUAGGAGCCAUGGUGACUAUGACUGACAACAGGGCCACUGAAGAUGACUGACUUGUGAGUGUGUGAGUGUAUGAGUGUGUGACUAGUGCAGUGUAUGUGUGGAAAGUUUAAUUCGUAAUUCCCUACCAUGUAGGAUUAAUCAUUAAAGAAAAAGAGUGAUAUGUGGAUUACAAAUAAAUGCAUUUUUUAUGACAAUAA